AAACACCAGAGGGUUCACACCGGAGAGAAGCCAUAUCAGUGUUCUGAAUGUGAUAAAACCUUUUACAUCGAAGGAUCAACUUAUCGAACACACCAGAGGAUUCACACUGGAGAGAAGCCAUAUCAGUGUUCUGAAUGUGAUAAAGCUUUUACAAUGAAGUCAAAUCUUAUCACACACCAGAGGAUUCACACUGGAGAGAAGCCAUAUCAGUGUUCUGAAUGUGUGACAAGAAGUCAAAUCUUAAAAAGCUUUUUAGAACACCAGAGGAUUCACACUGGAGAGAAGCCAUAUCAGUGUUCUGAAUGUGAUAAAGCUUUUACAGUGAAGUCAUCAAGUCUUAUCAGACACCAGAGGAUUCACACUGGAGAGAAGCCAUAUCAGUGUUCUGAAUGUGAUAAAAGCUUUUAA